AAUAAAGAAACAUGAAGGCCGGCGACACUGGAUCAACUUCGCAUGUGGAGGGGGCAGAAGAAGAAGGGGGUGGUCGUAGAUAUGGGUCGUCUACUGGCCCACGGAAAGAAGAUGCAGCCAUGGCACUAUUCAGAAAUGCGGAGGAGCCUCACGGCCCAAUGGAUCCGGAGAAGGAGAGAGCAUUGGUAUGGAAGAUUGAUAAAAUGAUUCUACCACAGUCAGUCAAAUGACUCCCCUCUUACUCAAAUGUGAUAUGGCUUGAAGAAACAAAGAACGAAAGGAGGGAGAGCCGGGGAGCAGAGGCUAAUCAGAUCCUCCCGAUAUCAACAGGAUCGCGGUUUGCUACUGCUUCUUUUACAUUGAUGUGAGACAUUUUUUCCUUCCCCACUUCAUCCAGAUAACCAACAUACCCCACAUAAUCUGCACAGUAAUGUACCACGGUUAACCUGAGCAAAUCUGUGCUCAAAUCACAGAAAACCACACUUUCAUACGCAGCGCUAUUUGGAAUUCAGGACGACUUGCAUCUUCGUGGGACACAAUAUAACUGGUUGUCAUCGCUGUUCUACUUCGGCUUCCUAUGUGGGUCUAGUCCUAUAUAUGCACGCUCGCGGACUCAAGGGAGGGAGAGAAAUAUAGGAGGCUGACAGGGGGAAUGUACGAUGUGAUAUCAAGGCUGGGCACUUCCGACGAACCUCUUGCUGCAGGGUUUACCGGUAUGUUUGUGCUUCUGUGGCGGCUUUUUUAUUAUUAUUAUUUAUUUACCCCUUUCGAUGCGCACACGGGGGAUGAUGAUGACGAUGACGAUGCUCCUGCCGGUCGGCCGGCUGGUUUAAGAGUCCGCUGAGGCACUAUAUGUCAAAGAGUGAUGGCUGACAUCGGCCACUGGGGCCAAUUGCUUUUCACAGGUAGGCAAGUAUCUCGGGUUCAACAUUUUCAUGUGGGGGUUCUUCUUGAGUAAGACCCUUUACUUCUCCAUCUCCACAUAGAACACCAGGAUCGCGCGCCUUUGAUUCACGCGGUCCGCCAGAGCGACCUUUCUACUAACUUGCUCAAACGAAACCAAUCAGUGUGGCAGGCUGCAUGCAAGAAUUUCGCCAGCCUGGCUAUCCUACGUGUCCUUAGCGGUGCGGCAGAAGCCUGUGCUGAUCCCGCCUUUAUGUUAAUCACCUCCAUGUGGUGUAUGAUCCCCCAUCCCUCUCUACAUUGCUACUUCUGUGCACUUUCCCAAACGUGCGGCAAAACGCACGGAAAGGGGAGGAAGUGUGCACACACACAGUCAGAAUAAGCCGGCCCUGACUGAAUACAAACGAAUUUUUUAGAUACUCGCCAUCAGCAGCCGAUCCGUAUAGGCAUCUGGUACGCGGCCAACGGCCUAGGAAUUGCGGGCGGCGGGUUACUGGGUUACGGAAUCGGCCACAUCAAGGGAGCGCUUGCGAGUUGGAAAUAUGAGUUCUUGAUCAUUGGGUAACACGAACCCCCCCUUCCCCCUUCCAUCCCUCCAUCCUUCCCCGCAAUGGGGCUCAACUCGCGUGUGGAAUCACAUGUGCGGGAUUUUAACCUGAUACAGAGCCUUAUGUGCACUUUGGGGAGUCGUAAUGUUCAUCUUCCUCCCCGACUCGCCGGUCUCGGCAAGGUUCCUGACCGAAGAGGAGCGGAGGAUGGCCGUCGAGAGGCUUCGGGACGACCAAACGGGAAUUGAAAACAAGACCCUCAAGCCAUAUCAGAUUAUGGAGGCUUUUUGCGAUGUGAAAGUUUACUUGUUCUUUUUUCUUGGGCUCGUGUGUAAUGUUCCGAAUGGUGGGAUCAGUAACUUUGGUAUGACACCGGUCACCUACACAGGUGAUUCGAUGGGUGUGGGAGAAGUAGGGGCAUUAGAAGCACAACCUAAUCCUCUGUUUUCGAUAUACAGGAACGCUUAUAAUACAAGGUUUCGAGUUUUCAACCCGUAAGUCCCGCCCAUAUUUACCAGUCCCGACACCGGGCUUUUUGGUUGGCCAACGCUGAUUACUACAAGUUGCAACAACCCUCCUGCAAAUCCCUUAUGGAAUUUUUAUCUCCUUAUCGAUCCUUGCGUGCGUGUUCGUGAACGACCGCCUGCCGCCCAACAAUCGCUGUUAUAUGGUCGUCGCAUUCAUCAUCCCGAACAUCGCUGGCGCAUUCGGGCUCAUGUGUGUUCCGCAGGAGCACCGUAUUUGGAGGUUGAUUUGUUAUUAUGUGCGUUAUCCAUUGAAAUGCAUAGUCUUUACUAGUGUGGAUUCUGGGAAUUGACUAUGUGGGGGAUAGCUAACGGGUCCAUACAAUGCGGCGUUUGUUUUGAUACUUUCUUUGCAGAUUGGGAAUGUCGCUGGGUAUGUCUACUCCUAUACUACAAUAUAGCAAGGCACCGGCACUGCGCCGCAGAGGAGAGCAGCUUGCUGAUCUGCGCCACCCAGCCACACCAAGAAGGUGGUAGCAAAUGCCAUUCUCUUCCUCGGCUACUGCGGUGCCCCCCCCUCCCUCUCGGAGCCCUAGUACCAGUACUAACCCGGAACAGUGGGCAACAUCGCCGGCCCCUUCUUCUACAAAACCGACCAAGGGCCAACAUACACCCUCGGCAUCUCGUCGAUGAUAUUCUGCCACCUGGUAGAGGUGGUAGUGAUCCUAGUACUACGCUUCCUUCUUUCUAGCGAGAACAAGCGCAGGGACAAACUACAGGAGGGCGUUGAGCGAGAUCUGGAUGCGACCGCGUUCGAAGACUUGACGGAUAAGGAGAACGUAAGUCCUCUUGCUCAUCAUGAUCGAGUUCGGUUGGAGGGGGAGGGCUGAUUGGAUGAAUGGGUAGAUCAAUUUUAGGUAUAUUUAUUAGACUGGGAAGUUGAGUGGAGGUUAGGGAAAGAGGUGGUGAGGAGAGCGAAUGUGGUGGUCACGGUGAAUGAUAACAGUCUGGAUGCCGAAAGGGAUUCAACGAGUGAUUCCUUGUGAUUGCAUCAUGCCAGAAUACCAACGC